GAAGCUGCGCGCUCUGUAUGAGUCUAGGCGUGUCAGGUCCAGCGCAGUGCCCCGGGCUGGCAGCAAGUGAUCGACAUGUCGUCCCCGCAGGCCCCGGAGGACGGGCAGGGCAGCGGCGAUCCCCCCGGGGACCUCCGCAGCGUCCUGGUCACCAGCGUGCUCAACCUCGAGCCGCUGGACGAAGAUCUCUUCAGAGGAAGGAAUUACUGGGCACCCACAACCCGGCGGCUGUUUGGGGGUCAGAUCCUGGGCCAGGCCCUGGUGGCGGCAGCCAAGUCCGUGAGUGAAGAUGUCCACAUGCACUCCUUGCACUGCUACUUCGUGCGGGAAGGGGACCCAAAGGUGCCAGUGCUGUACCAGGUGGAGCGGACGCGAACAGGGGCCAGCUUCUCAGUGCGCUCCGUGAAGGCCGUGCAGCAUGGCAAGGCCAUCUUCAUCUGCCAGGUGUCAUUCCAGCAGGCCCAGCCCAGCCCCAUGCAGCACCAGUUCUCCAUGCCCGCUGUGCCUCCACCGGAAGAGCUGCUUGACAGCGAGACCCUCAUUGACCAGUAUCUAAGGGACCCUAACCUCCAGGAGAAGUACCGAAUGGGGCUGAUCCCAAUUCCUGCCCGGGAGGUGCCCAUUGAGAUCAAGCUGGUGAACCCACCGCCCCUGAGCCAGCUGCAGAGCAUGGAGUCCAAACAGAUGUUCUGGGUGCGAGCCCGGGGCUAUAUUGGGGAGGGCGACAUCAAGAUGCACUGCUGCGUGGCUGCCUAUAUCUCGGACUAUGCCUUCCUGGGCACAGCAGUGCUGCCCCACCGGUGGCAGCAUAAGGUGCACUUCAUGGUCUCCUUGGACCACUCCAUGUGGUUCCACGCCCCCUUCCGAGCUGACCACUGGAUGCUCUAUGAGUGCGAGAGCCCCUGGGCUGGUGGCUCUCGAGGGCUGGUCCAAGGGCGGCUGUGGCGUCGGGACGGGGUCCUGGCAGUGUCCUGUGCCCAGGAGGGCGUGAUCCGAGUGAACCCUCGGGUCUCAAAGAGCAAGCUGUAGCCAGAGGCACCAGCUUGGCCUGGGGCUUCAAGGAUCUCACUUCUCCCUCAACUCCUGAAGCAGGAGUUACAGUCGAGGGCUGGGCCUUCUGUCCCUUACAUCUAAUAAAGAGACCGAUACCACUGGA